CUCACAUACUGUGCCGCGAUGGCCAACAUCAUAGCCGACAUUCACCGUCGGUUGGAUUCCACCAUUGGGGACUUUUUCGCAGCACACUCUGGCACUCCCAAUGAAGAUGCACUUUCCCUCUUCACUUCUCAGUGGCAAGGUCUUUACAAUAUGACUGCAGAAAACGGUGAUUUGGACGAGCAGAUAGCUAGUCUUGCAUACGGGGUUGCGGAUACCAUGGAAAACAUCUGCCAUGCUCUCCUGGACCUUGAUGUUUCCGACGAGAAAUUUUCCAAGCGAUACGAGACUGACGUGAAAGACAUAGUUGAUAGAAGGAAGGUUGCUGCUGUCAAAGCGUGUAGCUUUGACGGCCCUCACACAACUUCAUCUUAUGUGGAGCCUGCGUACUGCUGGCUCUCCGAAAACCUCCACAAUCCUUACCCCGCUCGCGAGGUCCGUAACAAGAUCUGCCGCGAAACCAAUACCCCCCGGAAAGACCUCGACAACUGGUUCACUAACGCCCGCCGGCGCAUAGGCUGGACAUCCCUCCUCAAACACUUUGGCGGUGACCGCGAUCGCAUGAUCGAAGCCGCUACCACCUACUUCAGGGACCGAACUGAACCGUGGGACAACCGAUACUCUCCCAUAAGCAUCGCUUUUACCGACAUGGCGUCGACGCUCAAAGAUUUGUAUGCCAACAAGUUUGAGCAGAGCACUCUUGGAAGGAAAUUGGACGGUGCUGUGAAGAAUAUGACUCCAGAGCUGCAGGUGCAGGAGCAGGCUAAUAAAAAGAGGAGGGAAGAGCAGAGGGAAGCUGAGAGGAGAGCGAAGAAGGAGAGGAUGGAACGGGCAAAGGAGGCAGAGGCGCAGAGAGCGUAUCCUUCACCCGAUCGAUCGCCUCGUCGCUCUCCCGAUUCGUCGCUGCCCUCUGAGGCGACUCCUACUCAGAAACGUCGCAGUUCUGACGAUGAAGCUGACAAUUCUCACAGAUCCAAGAGGCGAUCGAGAACUAAUGACAACGAUGACGCUGUUACUAGCCUACCCUCCCCCUUCUCCACCGACACUGAGGGCUCUGACCCUUCACGCCAAUCUACACCCUCACCAUCAAAACGAAAGAGGCGUCUAUCCGACUCGGAUGGCGCUGGCACCUUUAAACGACACUGUGGUAUACACGGUUCGCGUCGCUCCGUAUCCGAUCCAUCCUCCUCGACGAGUAGUACGAAAACAGACUCUCGUCCUGUCGAGCUCUACGUCCCUCCAGACCUCGAGGGUUGGUUCGAGACGGCUUUGGCUGAGUUCCCUCCAGAUCCCGAGGUGGACGUGUUUAACUACUCUGCCAUGUCUCCAUCAUCGCAGUACUCGGAUGACGCUUCGUCGGCUGGUCCUUCGACUCCAAGAUCGAGCACGCCCGUAGAGUUGCCAGCUGAUACCAUUGCUCCUUCCUUGACGGUACUCAACAACGGUUCGAUCUUGGAUAGCAUUUCCAAGCCUGAAUUCAGCAUAUCAGGUCUCGACCUGGAAGGUCUGUUACCUACAGCCGUCCCAGGUGCGUCCCUCUCUUCUCCCCACCCCUCUAUUUACUCACAUUUAUCCUGUCUGCAGCUGAGAAACAGCCUCUUGUCUCCGACUCUAACCACUUGUCCGAUCUGGAUGCCUUCCUGGGAACUUUCUCCGUCAACAACACCUCCAUCGCUCCCACAGACUUUGCCGAAAUCGACUUUAGCUCCGCUUUGUCAACUUGGCAGUUUGCCGAGGACUGGGAUUCGCAAUUUUGAACUUCUUCGCAUUUUGUUCUCCUUGCUUUAUCUUUCAUUUUAUCACUGUAUCCUGAUUAGUCUUCACUGCUGUCACAUUGCUAUCUUGUUUUCUCGUUGCACAUCUUUUUGUUACUCUUGCUGUAUCGCUACUUGUUAAUUGUUAAUCAAAGGCUUUGA